AUGAGUAAAGCCAACGAGAACAACGAUCUUUUAGACAUCGACAACGACAACUGGCUUGAAGAUGACACCAAUCUCUCAACAACGCCAAAGGCGAUGACUGCUCAGGCAUACAUUCCGCCGGAUGACUUUGUGAUUGAGCCUGAAGUACCAAGUGCACCACAGCAGCUUCCAGGACAGAGCUCCGACUCACCACACAUCUCGAAUAACUUUGAUGGUGGAGUACUCUCAGUCAAUCAUUAUAGACGUUACUUCAACUUGAAUACCACUGAAUUCCUGCAAAACUGUGCGCAGGCAUUGAACUUUGUUUCGACCAAGACGGACUCUGUUGAAGAGAUUGGCGAUCUUUAUGGUCCAAUCUGGGUCACUGCAACUGUGAUUUUCAUACUGUUCUUCAGUAAUACGUGCUCAGGGUUGCUGGUUAGCUGGGUCCAAGGAGGCGAUUCUACAUACAAGUACAACUUUGAUCUGUUGACAGGUGCCAUUUCGCUAUUGUAUGGCUACACGUUCCUGAUUCCAACCAUUUUCUACUUCAUCACUGUCUGGUACUUGAAGCUCACCGGAUUGUUCCCACUUUCACGACUCAUUUCGAUAUACGGUUAUGCAAACAUUGCAUGGGUUCCAGCUGCCAUCCUAAGUAUCCUUCGUGGCUUCUUGGUCAACCAUACAAUAUUGAGCAGUGCUUUGAAAUGGAUCAGCGUCCUGUUUGGAGGUGUAAUCAGCUGUGCCAGCAUACUGGUGAAAGUUUUCCCAGUGACUAGACACAGUUGCGUUGUUGUUGAUAAAGAAAAGCUUGCCAUUGUUCUGUGUGCUGCAUUACUUGUGGCUCAUGUUGGGCUGAUCAUUGCCGUGAAGGUUUCCUUCUUUGGUGACUUGAGCGUGGUCUAA